GCGGGGAGCUGGAGGUACCCUCGCCAUAAGGCAGGGGUCUGGACCGCCCAGGAGACAUCGCCAAGGGCGGGAGCGUCCCUCCCGCGCGCCCAGCCCCCACUCGGCGGCCAAGUUUGCCGGGCUGUCAGGGGCGACUCUCGGGUUACCUGAGCCGGCCACCACGUCAGCGCCACAUCAUCUGGGCUUUUUUAUUUGCAAGGAAACAGGAAAAGAAGGAAGAAAAAGGCCUACGGAGCCGCUAGCCAAUCGCAGGCAGCCGGCGCUGCGGGCGGAGCGGGCGCGCGGGCAGCGGGGCGGGCCAAGGGGACGGCGGGUGGCAGCGGCGGGCCGGUCUGCGGCGCGGGCCUCGCGGCGGCGACAGCCUCGCGGCGGGAAAGAUGCUGCAGUCCCUGGCCGGCAGCUCGUGCGUGCGCCUGGUGGAGCGGCACCGCUCGGCCUGGUGCUUCGGCUUCCUGGUACUCGGCUACCUGCUCUACCUGGUCUUCGGUGCCGUAGUCUUCUCUUCUGUAGAGCUGCCCUACGAGGACCUGCUGCGCCAGGAGCUGCGCAAGCUGAAGCGGCGCUUCCUGGAGGAGCACGAGUGCCUGUCGGAGCCGCAGCUCGAGCAGUUCCUGGGCCGGGUGCUGGCGGCUAGCAACUACGGCGUGUCGGUGCUCAGCAACGCCUCGGGCAACUGGAACUGGGACUUCACCUCCGCCCUCUUCUUCGCCAGCACCGUGCUCUCCACCACAGGUUACGGCCACACUGUUCCCCUGUCCGACGGGGGCAAGGCCUUCUGCAUCAUCUACUCGGUCAUCGGCAUCCCUUUCACCCUCCUCUUCCUGACGGCCGUGGUCCAGCGUGUUACCAUCCAUGUCACCCGACGACCGGUCCUCUACUUCCACAUCCGCUGGGGCUUCUCCAAGCAGGCAGUGGCCGUGGUCCACGCCGUCCUCCUGGGCGUGGUCACCGUGUCUUGCUUCUUCUUCAUCCCAGCUGCAGUGUUCUCCGUCCUGGAGGAUGACUGGAACUUCCUGGAAUCCUUUUACUUCUGUUUUAUUUCCCUGAGCACCAUUGGCCUCGGGGAUUAUGUUCCUGGAGAGGGCUACAAUCAGAAAUUCAGAGAGCUUUACAAGAUUGGGAUCACGUGUUACCUGCUCCUUGGCCUCAUCGCCAUGCUGGUGGUUCUGGAAACCUUCUGUGAGCUCCAUGAGCUGAAAAAAUUCAGGAAAAUGUUCUAUGUGAAGAAGGACAAGGACGAGGACCAGGUACACAUCAUCGAGCAUGACCAGCUGUCCUUCUCCUCCAUCACGGACCCAGCUGCCGGCACCAAGGAGGAGCAGAAGCAGAACGAGCCUUUCGUGGCCCCCUCGGCACCUGCCUUGACUGAUGGCGCCACAAGCCAGUAGGCUUAGGCUCUGCAGCGCUGUCCCCGGGUGCAGGGCCAGUGGGAAGAGGCUUUGUUUUGUUCAUUUUUAUGAGAUUGUAAAAACCAAGGUGAUAUUUUAAUAAAUAGCUACUGUUUGCAACAUUUUUUUUUUUGGUGAAAUGGAACAAAGGAAGCUUUUACUCCAGAAGGCUGUCUAAAAUCUGAGGAAAUGGCAUAUGUACCCGUAUUUCAUAUGUGACAAAAUUAUUGCAACUUUACUAAUAGGUGAAGAAUCUUUGAAGCAGCAUCCCACUGUGGAUAGAAGCAGAUUUUCUACUUUUAUUUAGGGACUUUGGGAUUUGCAUUUAAAUCAUUUAGCUGACGGUUAAAUGGCAACAUUUAUAUCUAAAAGCAAAAGAAAAAAAAGGCAUAGAGAUGUGUUUUAUAAAUAAGUUUAAGUGUACUGGUUUGCAUGUGCCCCAAAUCAUUAUUUUUGUAGACUCUAAGUUAAACUUCUUAUUUAUAACGAAUAGAUAACCAUUAACUGUACAUAUAAAGUAUAAAUAUGUUUAUAUCCUGUAUAUCAAUUUAGGUUACUAGAUCCCAGUAUUCUUCUUCACCCAAGAUUGUAGAGAUUUUCCCUUUUGAUUUCACUUUAUACUGAAGAAUCAAACAUUGCUGCAAUAAAUUAAGGGGAAUAUUACACUUCUGAGUGAAUGA